AUGCUUCUAUCCGAAUUUCCUCAAGAGUUAAUCAGCAAUAUCCCACCCUUUCUUGCUCUAAAAGACAAAGGAUCUUGCUCUCUUGUAUGCAAAACAUGGCGCAUACCGUUUCAGGAGUCCAUGCACUCUGACUUGAUUAUUUGCAACAAAUACCAAUUACAAGAGCUGUGCAAAAUACCCAAGGAAAAUGAAACGCCAAAACAAGAUACUAGUCACCUUUUACGAUCCCUAACCUUGGGCAAAAACCUAUUCGUAUUCGACAAACUACUUUACACCCUACAAUUUAAAUUUCAGAAUAUCAAGUAUCUCUAUAUUGAAAAAUAUGGUCUGCCCCCCAUUUAUUUUGGAGUCACUGCCGAUUGGCACCUUUGGAAAUUAUUGAGGGAACUCAAUAUAGAUUUGGAUGACGAACGAAUACCAGCCGAGAACCCAUACCUUGAAAUUAUCUUGCGUUUACCUCUACUGCGACGUUUGAAGAUUGCUCGCAGUCCCACCCAUUCCAAACAGUUAACAUUCACUUUAAACGACCUUGAAACAAUCCAUACGCAUUUAUUACAUCUUAAUGAUCUGGAACUAAGCUCAGAUUUAUUACCUCUUUCUGAAACCGAUCUUAUCCGUUUAACCAAAGUAUUACCAGCCAAGAAGAUGACUGUAUUUGGUAAAUACACUAGAAGCACAGAUCACAGAUGGCUAUGUUAUUUCGUCCGCAAAUACCCUAAUAUACGUACCCUCAAUUUCUCAAUAUCCCACUACGAACCCGAACUCAAGAGACAAGAAGGCGACAUGGUAUCCUUUUUCACACAAAUACCCCAUCCGUUCCAGCACCUAAGAACCCUGAACAUUGGAAUCAACGAUUUCCAACGUAGAGAAUACUUACUUUUGUGGGACAUCAUUGCUACAUGCCAGAUAUCAUUAAAGAACAUAUCCAUUAUGUCAUGCAAACUAAACAAGGACUCGUACUUUUCAUACUCUUCCGAAGAGUUUGGAAGUUUGAACCUUGAUAUCAUGAAACUAUUCUGGCGACAGUUUUCAAAAACCCUAGAAAGUUUUUCCAUUGAUUACGAUUACAGAGAUGUGAUUCCUAUAGACAUAAUGGAAAUAGUUGGCACCACUUGUAACUUGGUUCAUCUAAAACUCGAUACCGCACUCGUUUCAUUCAAGCUUGACCUCUUCCUCGGCAAAACACCCAGCUUAAAAUCAUUAGACCUCGGCAAAUCUCACGUCGAGAUUGAUUCAAUUACGUUCAGCAAUCCAAAGAGACACGCACUACAAUCAUUAAAAAUAUUUCGAUCACAGAUUGUAUCGGAUGUGCUUCGUUAUCUAUCAUUCCACUGUAGAGAGCUUAAUGUGUUGGACCUCGUAAACACAAAAGUAUUUGGCUCGAUUUCUUCAACAACAGGAUGUAAUUUUAUCGACAUGACCUAUACCCGUUUCAAGUCGUUACUCAUCCAAAAUACAGAAUUUAUUAUAAAAGAGAAUGAAGUGUGUAAUGAAAAUAUCGAUAUUACGGUCAUCACUCAUCCGGUUAAUGACAUGCCUCCAAAAGACGACAAUGAACCUUCAAAUUCUCCGGUUUCUAUUGGGCUCCCGCAUAUCAAGGCACGCUAUCACUGGUUCUACAGAGAAAGAAGUUGUACUAUGAAAGCAUUCUCCAAAUCGCAAGGUUCAAGUGUUGGAAAGUUCUUUGCUGAAUUUGAGAGGAAGAAAGAGAACGCUCUAAAAACCAACUUUUACCUUGACCAAGUAAAUAAGAAAAAGGCCAAUUGGAAAAGGAAUUGUGUUUAUGGCUACACAAAGAUAAAAUGCGGUUAUGUAGCUGACUGUCAUAUUGAAGCCAAAUAAUCAUAAUAUCUAUUUGUAUAUAAUAAACUGUGUAUUUUAUUUCUGUC